AUGGUAAGACCAUUUAAUCAUAUUAAUAUGUUUUUAAUCAAUUUAGUGGAAGCAUCACGUCCAUUCACCGCCUUUUCUUUCGAAGGUAUACAGUACAUGUACAAUCGUGCGUGCUUUGGUUUGAAAAAUGCACCCGCAGUAUUCAACAGAUGGUUUAGUUCCAUCCUUAUGAAAGCUAUAGAACGACAAUACUACGAAAGAUUCGUCGACGAUCUCAAUAUUCAUACAAUGAAAAAGGACAUCAAUCUCCAUGUCAAAUUGUUACAUAAGACUUUAACCGCGAUGAGAGAGAAUUAUGUUUAUGCAAAUGCCUCUAAAAUGCAUUGGUUCGUCGAGCAGAUUCCGUUUGGGGGAUCACUGAUUAGUCACAAAGCUAUCAGGCCAUUGUAUGACAUAGCUCAAGCCGUCCUAACUAUGCCUCCUCCUCAAACCAUAAGCGAGAUGAGAAGCUUUCUGGGUAGCAUCAACUUUUAUCGUCAUUUUCUGGGUCAUGUUGGUCCUCAAAUUCACCGUCUGUCGGAAUUUACUAAAGGUAAAGUGAAGAAGAUAAAGUUGUCACCAACGGAUAUCAAGGAUUUUGAUGACAUAAAGAAUGCACUCUGCGCUGAUACGGUAUUGAUGAAUCCUCAUUAUGACCGUCCUUUUCAUGUCUAUACUGAUGCGUCGGACGUAGGCAGCGGUCUAAUGAUUGCACAAGAAGACGAUAACAAGCGUCUUCGACCAAUCCUUUUCGAUAGCAGGAAGUUCGACUCUGCGCAGAAGAACUAUGAUACGAAGGAUAGAGAGUUGUUGGCAGUGGUUCAUGCAGUCGAAAAGUAUGACUAUCUACUUAGAUCUCGUCCUUUCAUAUUGUACACCGAUCACAAGAACAUGGUUCAUUUUAGACUAUAUCAAGACUCUGGUAAUAGUCGUCACGUUCGAUGGGGUGAUCUUUUAUCCCGUUAUAACUAUUCAACUCAAUUUAUUGAGGGCGAAAAGAAUUGUAUGGCGGACUAUCUCUCAAGAACUCCUUCAUUUUACAAUCCGUGGUCUGGUAAUUUGUUAAAUGAAAUCAUCAAAAGUUACACUUUAUCGCAAGAUGUAUCAACAUCGAACUGGUUUUCAAAGAUGAAGAUUAGAGAAGAUGUGGUACACAUUGACAACGUCUAUUACUGGAUUCACAAUGAUACCAAGCGUGCAGUGGUUCUCAACAAGGAUCACAUCAAACUAUUAAAUUGGUUGUUUGGUUUAUCUCUCGAAUCUUUAAUCAAUGGAAAAGUAUUUGCAAGAGAUAUCAUCAAUUCAUUCGAAUGUUCACCCUCUCUCUCACUCGCUUCAUUGUCAUACACCCAUUCAACAACAGAUAAUUUAAUAAAACUAUCUCUAUCUACAAGUAGUAAAAAAGAAGAGAGAGAGAUGACAACUUCAUCAAAAGUUGGAGGAUGUUAUUUCUCUAAAAUAGUGAUUAUAGAAUUUAUAGCAGUGUGUGUAGUAGCGGUCUUGUUUACGAUAUCAGCCAUGAGUUAUUGGUAUCAAACAGAAUCAACUAUAACAUUGUAUUGUAGAGGACAAUAUACUAAUCCAAACUAUAACCAAACCAUCUAUUUAAAGACCAACUAUCUUUUGGAAGAUUAUGAAGUGACAGAAGAUGAGGUAGGGUCUUGGGCAGGAGCAGGUGUUACCAACUGUGGAUACUCUCAACAGGAUCUACCAUUCGAACCACAACAAUACAACAUGACCAGUGGUGAUGGCAAUUGCUUGUUUUUCAAUGCUAUUGCCUAUCUCAUUUACUCUGUUACACCGUCCAAGAUGAUUGAAUUGACCAGAUUCCUAUCGGCCAUGAUGUGGAUAUCAGCAUCACUCGGCGGUGUUGCCAUCAUCUUUAUCUCUAUCUAUAAAUGCUUUGCCAAGAACAAAAAGAAUCAUUCGGUACCAAUGACUAUUUUCUGGGCUCUUGUAUUUGUAUUUCCUCUGAUGACCAUCUUUUCAUUUAUAGACUUUCAAAAGGAUGUUGAGAAUCCUCAAUUCAUCUUUAUGUCUGGUUCUAUUAGUUGUACUUUUACAUCUGCCAUUGUUACAUCUACCUCUUACAUGGCUGGUUUUAUCAUGGCAAUCACCACUCUCUUUCCUUCAUUUGGUUUCUUUGUAUUUAGAUUAACUAGAAAAUUAAAAAAGUUGUCUAAAAAUAAUAAGAAAUCAUCUUAUUCUAUCAUUCAAUAA